AUUUUAGGUUUAUGUCAAGGUAUUUCAAUUUAUCAACUUUUUAUGUGUUUUUCAUCGACAAAUAAUUAGAUAUAUUAGUAAUCCAAUUACAAAUGUGUCGGCAAUAUGUUAUAUUUAACUUAAAACAGAGGUAUAAUAAAAGUCAUCACAUAAUUAAAAUACAAAACUAAAUCAUCAAUAACAAUAAACCGUAAAAAACAAAAUGGUGCACGAAAAAAAAAAAAAAAAAACCAACAAACCCGUCCUUAUUUAUUAGCUACCAUUAUUUUAUAUUUUAAAUAAUAUACUACUCCUAAUUUACGUCAUCUAAUUAUUCCAAUUAUUAACUACGUAUAUAUAUAUAUAAAAAAAAAUAAAAUAAAAAUUAUUCCAAUUAUGUUUAUUGUUAUUAUUCAUCCCCUUUUAAAUACCCUCAGCCGACCACUCCAUCCACCCCAUUUGCUUUCUUGUAAAAUCCCCUCUUUCUCUCUCCUCUUUAUCUCUCUCUUCCAAUUUUUUGUUUUUGUGAAACAAAAAAAUAAAUAAAUAAAAAAUCAUCUUCUUUCUCUCAUCUUCAACUAUGAGGCUCACCUCAAACUAUAUACCAUUUUCAUAUCCCUAAAAUAAAAUUAAUACCCUUCAAUAUUUUCCUUCUAUUAUUAGUAAUUUAGUAUUAAUACUACUUAUAACCCUAAAAAUAAUCACAAAUUAGAGAAAAAAUGAGCUUAGAUGAUUCCUUGCGAUCUCUAUCGUUGGAUUACCUUAACCUGUUAAUCAACGGCCAAGCUUUCAGCGACGUAACCUUCAGCGUAGAAGGACGUUUAGUACACGCGCACCGCUGCAUCUUAGCAGCGCGUAGUCUGUUCUUCAGAAAAUUCUUUUGUGGGCCGGACCAACCGGGUGGGCUUGACCCACGGGUUAUGGGUCAAGCCUCAUCGCCUCGAGCCAGUGGUGGUCCGUCACAAAUAAUACCGGUUAACUCAGUCGGGUAUGAAGUUUUCAUGUUAUUAUUACAAUUUCUUUACAGUGGUCAAGUUUCAAUUGUUCCACAAAAACACGAACCUCGUCCCAAUUGUGGUGAGCGCGGUUGUUGGCACACGCAUUGCACCUCUGCCGUUGAUCUUGCUCUUGAUACGCUCUCCGCCGCUCGAUCUUUCGGGGUUGAACAACUUGCUUUGCUUACUCAGAAGCAAUUGUCAAGUAUGGUAGAAAAGGCGUCAAUUGAGGAUGUAAUGAAAGUACUAAUUGCAUCAAGGAAGCAAGACAUGCACCAACUAUGGACAACAUGCUCACAUCUUGUAGCGAAAUCCGGCUUACCUCCGGAAGUCCUAGCAAAACACCUCCCAAUCGACGUGGUAGCGAAAAUCGAGGAGCUCCGGUUAAAGUCAUCGAUAGCAAGGCGAUCAUCCCUUAUUCCACGUCACCACCACCACCACGCUCAUGACCUCGGUCUCCCUUCCCCCGUGGAACAGGAGGACCACAAGAUCCGGCGGAUGAGACGUGCACUCGACUCCUCGGACGUGGAGCUAGUCAAGCUCAUGGUCAUGGGUGAAGGCCUAAAUUUAGAUGAAGCAUUAGCACUACACUAUGCAGUAGAAAACUGCAGCCGUGAGGUUGUCAAGGCAUUGCUUGAACUAGGGGCAGCCGACGUGAACUACCCGGCCGGUCCCACAGGGAAAACCCCGCUUCAUAUAGCAGCCGAGAUGGUGUCCCCGGACAUGGUGGCAGUGUUGUUAGACCACCACGCAGACCCAAAUGUACGCACCGUAGACGGAGUCACUCCCCUAGACAUCCUAAGGACUUUAACCUCGGAUUUCCUCUUCAAAGGGGCGGUCCCAGGUUUAGCUCACAUUGAGCCCAACAAACUACGACUUUGUCUCGAACUCGUGCAGUCCGCUGCUAUGGUGAUCUCAAGAGAGGAAGCGAACGACAACAACACCACCACCAACAACAACAAUAACAAUAACACAUCGAUUUACGCGCCUGUUGGAGGCGAUCAAGAGAAUACUAGUAGUACUAGUAGUAGUGGAAAUGUUGGGAACAUUAGUAUAGAUUCAAGAAUGGUUUAUUUGAAUCUAGGGGCAGUUGGUUCAGCGUCAAUGGGAGAUCAUCACCACCAUAAUGAGGAUAAUAGUCAUACAAGUCACCCGAAUCCGGCGUCGAUUUAUCAUCACCACCACCAGCAUCACCAUCAUCAUAACGAGUAUUGAAGUUAAAUUUUGGAGUGUACGGACGUACGUACGGUUGGUGUUACAUAUUUUAGUUAAUUAAUUGAAAACAAUCAAUAUGUAAUUAUCCAUCUAUGUAUGUCAUUCAACAACAAAUUACUACUACAUAGUGGAUAAUGCUAGAAUUAUUUACAUAAUUCUGCUCAAUUAAUUCAA